AUUUGUGUUUAUCAGUUGUAGUAUGUGGAACACGGUAAGCUACAUUUGAAAAUUAAAAUACGACUUCUUAUCAUGUAACAUACGAUUGGGGAUUCAAGGUCAGGUGAAGCUUUAAAUAAGAAUGUUUCGAUGGAUUCAUGUUAGUUCAAUCGCGCUCGACUAGGCGCGAAGUGGCUUCUUCGUCGAUUCACCUACAAAGCGAAUAAAAAUUUCUUAAAAGCCAAAGAAACAUGCCGCCAGUAUCAUUGACUGAUCAUGCACCAAAAAAAAGCCUAAGAGUUGCCAUUAUUGGCCAAAGUACAUUUGCAGCUGAAGUUUUCAAACUCAUCCAAAGAGACGGUCAUGAAGUUGUGGGUGUCUUCACAAUUCCUGACAAAGGCAACAGGGAGGACCCUUUAGCUACUAUUGCCGCACAGAAUGGCAAACCAGUUUACAAAUACAAGUCUUGGCGUAUUAAAGGACAAGUCAUCCCUGAAGUACUUGAGCAGUACAAAUCGGUGAACGCCGACCUCAAUGUUCUACCGUUCUGCACUCAAUUCAUACCCAUGGAGGUGAUCACGGCUCCUAAAUACGAGAGCAUCUGUUACCAUCCGAGCAUUUUACCCAGACAUCGGGGAGCUUCAUCAGUUAAUUGGACCUUGAUCGAGGGUGACACUACAUGCGGCUUCUCCAUAUUUUGGGCGGACGACGGCUUAGACACCGGCCCCAUAUUACUGCAAAAGAGCUAUCCCACAACCAUCGAUGACACCGUAGACACGAUCUACAACAAAUUCUUAUAUCCUGAAGGUAUCAAAGCCUUAGCUGAAGCCGUCAACAUGGUUGCGAAUGGUGUGGCUCCUAAAAUCAAGCAGUCUGAAGAAGGCGCCACAUACGACCCAGCUCUUUUCAAACCUGAAACUCAUCUGAUCGAUUGGAGCAAAGGAGGGCUGGCUCUGCACAACUUCGUGCGAGGACUGGACUCAUCACCGGGAGCCACCUCCUUCAUCGAACCUCAGACCAAAGAGGGGAUAAUCGGAGACGGUGAAAAAAUUGAGAUAAAAUUCUUCGGAUCCUCCCUCUGGCAAUCUGAAUAUGAGACCGAAGGAGAUAAACUGUAUAUAACAGGCCUUAAUAAACCAGCCGUGGUCCACGAAGCCGGCUUACUUGUUACUGCCAAUGAUGGAGUUAGGCUCAACAUACAGAGGCUAAAAGUUAACGGGAAGAUGAUCAACGCUCAAAACUUCUUCAAAGCUAGCGAAGAGAAGAUCUCUAUAGAACUGAAUUCGGAUGAGUUAAAGUUCGUGGAGAGCUGCCGCGAGGUGUGGAGGGCGAUUCUUCGCAUUGAAAUCGAAAACCACACCGACUUCUUCGCAUCCGGAGCCGGCUCUAUGGACGUCGUGAGGCUGGUCGAAGAAGUCAAGGACUUGGCGAACGUGGAGCUCCAGAAUGAGGAUGUAUACAUGAACACCACGUUUGAAGAGUUCUAUAGUGUGGCCGUGUUGAAGGCGAGAGGCGGCUCGGAUACAAAAGAGGUUGUUUAUGAGGGACUCGAAAUGGAGGUCAAUAAAAUGAAGAUUAAAUUCCCGACACAGCUGUUUAUUAAUGGCGAGUUCGUGAACGCUGACAGUGGUAAAACCUUGACCCUGAUCAAUCCAACGGACGAGAGCGUGAUCUGUAAAGUGCAAAGCGCCUCGCCCAACGACGUUGACAAGGCAGUGCGGGCCGCUAAGAAGGCGUUCGAUGAAGGGGAAUGGUCCAAGAUCAGUGCCCGUGAGAGAGCACAAAUCUUAUUUAAGUUGGCAGAUUUGAUGGAACAACACAAAGAGGAGCUGGCCACAAUCGAAUCCAUAGACUCGGGAGCUGUCUACACGUUAGCACUCAAAACCCACGUGGGCAUGUCCAUAGACACGUGGCGCUACUUCGCUGGCUGGUGCGACAAGAUCCAAGGCGCCACCGUGCCCAUAAACCACGCCAGGCCAAACAGAAAUCUGUGCAUCACGAGAAAAGAGCCGAUCGGCGUUUGCGCGAUAAUAACGCCCUGGAAUUAUCCGCUGAUGAUGCUGUCGUGGAAGAUGGCGGCCUGUCUCGCUGCUGGCAAUACUGUCGUCAUGAAACCCGCUGCGGUGUGCCCCCUGACAGCGUUGAAGUUCGCCGAGCUGUGCGUCCGAGCGGGGGUUCCCCCCGGCGUCGUGAACAUCCUCCCCGGGAGCGGCGCGGCGUGCGGGCAGGCGCUCGCCGACCAUCCGCUCGUCCGGAAGCUGGGCUUCACAGGCAGCACUCCCAUCGGUCAAACCAUAAUGAAGUCGUGUGCAGCAUCGAAUAUGAAGAAGGUGUCGUUGGAGCUAGGAGGCAAGUCGCCUCUCGUUAUAUUCGAAGACUGCGAUCUGGACAAAGCCGUCAGAAACGGUAUGGCAGCUGUGUUCUUCAAUAAAGGCGAGAAUUGCAUAGCAGCAGGUCGGUUGUUCGUUGAAGAGACGAUACACGACGAGUUCGUACGUCGCGUUAUAGAGGAGACCGAGAAGAUCCGUAUCGGCGACCCACUGCACCGGGGCACUUCACACGGACCCCAGAACCAUAAGGCGCAUAUGGAUAAACUGAUAGAGUACUGCGAGCGUGGCGUCAAAGAAGGUGCCAAGCUAGUGUACGGAGGCAAGAGGGUGGAUAGAAAAGGCUAUUUCUUCCAGCCGACUGUCUUUACCGACGUCACAGACGAGAUGUACAUCGCCAAGGAGGAAUCGUUUGGACCCAUCAUGAUCAUCAGCAAGUUCAGCAGCAAGAAUUUGGAGGACGUGAUCCGUCGCGCGAACAACACGGAGUAUGGGCUCGCGAGCGGCGUGUUCACGCGGGACGUGUCGCGGGCGCUGCAGUUCGCCGAGCGCAUCGACGCGGGCACGGUGUUCGUCAACACGUACAACAAGACCGACGUGGCGGCGCCCUUCGGAGGCUUCAAGCAGUCCGGCUUCGGAAAGGACUUGGGCCAAGACGCUCUCAACGAAUAUCUGAAAACGAAAUGCGUGACAAUAGAAUAUUAAAGUUUUAUUCAAUAAUUUUUUUUUUGUGAAUAUUGUACAUUUCCUUGUAAAUAUUUUGUAUUAGUAAUUAAGAUUUUGUUUGUGUAUGUAUAAGGAUUGACCGAAAAUGGACUCGAUGUAGCAGUCAUAAUUAGUAUUUUUACAAUAUCUGGACGUUUCAAUAAAAUUAUUUUCUUUUAAUAA